UAUACAGAAGCAGGAUGUCAGUGGAAACAGUAGACUUAGACUAAUCUGACAGCUUUCAUUUUUCAAAUCACUCCUUAUUGGACAUAAACAGAAGGAUGAAUCAACGUAAAGGGAGCAAAAGUGCAUCAUAUCUUCUAAUGCUGAACCCUGUUUAAAGAUCUGAGGAGGAGGACAUGAUACCAGAUCCCUCAGCUGCAGCUGCAUCCAGGCUCUCAGAGCAGAAGAAGAACUCUUGUGAUGGAGAAAAUUCCACUGGAGCCAUCAGUCAUUCAGGAGAUGAAUCUGGGAAUGAGAACAGACGAAAGAGUGUGAGAAGAAGAAAAAGACCACAUGAUGGCUCGGAGAAUGUCAAGCGCACAAACACCAAAGCGAGUUGCAGCAGUGUGAGCAGAGCAAGAGGCAGUCACAGAAAACAAAGGCAUGUGGAGGCGGUUACUCUGUUUGAGGUGGUCACCAUGGGCAGAAGUGCAAUGCAGGAGGUGAUAGAUGACUGGAUUGAGGCGUAUGUGAUGGACAGAGACUCCUCCCUCCUUGACCUCAUCAGUUUCUUUAUCCAGUGUUCUGGGUGCAAAGGUGUGGUAACAGCAGAGAUGUGUCAGACCAAAGAAAACAGCGAUGUCAUGAGUAAAAUGGUUGAGAAAUUGGAUGAGAUUGCUGGUUUGCAGUAUAAGAAGUUUCUGGCCUUUCCUUGGAUCCUCACAGUCACAUGGCCCAUGGAUACGGACAGUGUGGAGUAUCCUCUGAUACAGUCCGGACCGUACGGCCGCUGGUUCCACUCAGAGUUCUGUGACUUUGUGUCUGUCCUGGUGGCUCAGUGUCAGCACAGUGUCAUAUUUGACAGUUACCUGAUGAAUACCCUCAUCUCUCUGCUCACAGAGCUAUCGAACUCUUAUAUCCGAGCCUUUAGACACACUUGCACACUGGCUGCGCUGAAGCUGCUGAGCUCGCUGGUUGGUGUGGCUCUGAGUCUGAGCGUUGGCAUCGAAAACAAUCAGAAACUCUACAAGGUCCAGAAGACAAAGAAUAUGAGACAGAGAAGCACACCACAACUGGAGAGAAUACAGAAGACAAUUACUGAGCUUCAGGAGAAGAGAGCUGAGAUAGAAAGUAUGAUGGACAUCAUCUUUAAAGGGGUUUUCCUGAAGAGAUAUCGUGAUGUGCUACCAGAAAUACGCUCCCUUUGUAUGGAGGAGUUGGGUUUAUGGAUGAAGCUCUACAACUUGGUGUUUCUCAAUGACAGUUACCUCAAGUAUAUGGGCUGGAUGAUGAAUGACAAGAUACCUGAUGUGCGUCUCAAGUGUGUGUUAGCUCUGCAAGAUUUGUAUGGAGAUGCUCAGCUCCUGCCUAAACUAGACCUGUUCAUGAGCCGGUUCAAGGACCGGCUGAUCUCCAUGACUCUGGAUAAGGACAAUGAAGUGGCAGUGCAGACCAUGAAGCUACUGGUUCUCAUCUCCCGGAAGUCUGAUGAUGCACUUAGUUCAGACGAUUACAGGCAGCUUCUCCAGUUUGUUUACUCUUCACAGCGCCCUCUUGCAGUCACUGCAGGGGAGCUGCUCUACUCAAGGCUCCUAAACCCCUUAUCCCCUGAAUCUGAGGCUUUGGGUGAAUCGAAUGCAGAGGAGGUUCAUAAACAACAAACAUACGCCAGACUGAAGGCUCUACUAAAGUUUUACCAAGAGUCUGAGCUGCACCAGCAUGUGGUCUACCUCGUGGACAGUCUGUGGGACUGUGCUGGAGUCCUGCUGAAGGACUGGCCCACAUUCACAUCCAUACUGCUGCAGAACUCUUCAUACACUCCAGGUCUUGCUCGCUCAGAAGAAGCGGUGCUUGUGGAGAUCAUGGUGGCCUCAGUGCGUCAGGCCUCAGAGGGACCAGCGCUGGUAGGGAGGACUGGAGUGAAAAAGGUAAUGAGCGCCAGAGAAAAGAAACAGCAGACUGAUGACUGUGCAAAACUCACUGAACAUUUCCUUGUGGUGCUUCCUAAGUUACUGUCUAAGUUUUCACAUAGCUGGGACAUCGUGGUCUCUCUGAUGAAGAUUCCUCAGUACUUCAAUCCUGAAUGCCCCGAGGCUGAAAACACACAGGUGGUGUCCAGCCUGUUGGCAGAGGUGGGGGCUGUCCUGGAGCUCCACUCAGGCCCUGAUGUUCUGGAAGCUGCAGCCCGCUCAUACCUCAGUCUGUGUGCGGACGGGGCAUCCUGGUGCUCUGUCGCUCAAACUGCCAGAGACUCCAUGAUCCAACAGUGGGUUGACAAACUCAAAGUACUGCUGGAGGAUUCAGUCAAGGAGGACAGUUUCUCUGCCGACGAGGAAAAAACAGGAGAGAUUUUAACCACACUGAGGAAACUCAGAGCAUUUCACAAUUGUCAUGACCUGUCUCAGUGGAGUCUGUUCGAGCUGCUGUCUCCUCUCCUGUCAAUAGAGAGUGUUCAGGGAGGACCACCCCCUCAGGUUCUACUGGAGCUACUGCAGUGUCUGUGUUAUUCUAUGCUCUGGUCUCUCAGCACAAGCACUGAAACUAGAGAGAAAGCUGUGGUCCAGAGGCUGCAGCUACGUCUGUUCUGUGAGAGAUGUCAUCACUGUCUGACCCACUCCGACCACAGUGUGAGGCAACAGGCGUUUCUGGGCAUCUGUGAUGUCCUGACAGCUCAUUCCUACCAGUUACAAGUGUGGGACCCCACCUCCUGUGGUCCACUGCUCUACACUCCCAGCCCCAAACUGCAGAGGGCGCUGCUGACCUUUGUAUGCACACACACAUUUGUCGGCUCAGACUUCGAUGGCCAAAGCAGGGACAGCGAAAACUCCGAGGUGGAGAUGAAGCUGGAGGAUCUGCACAAACGAAGAAAUCUGCUGGCAGCAUACUGUAAACUCAUAGUACACGGGGUACUGGAGAUGAGUAUGGCAGCUGAGGUCUUCAUGUACUACAUGAAGUAUUAUAACGACUUUGGGGACAUUAUCAAGGAGACCAUGUACAGGACCAGACAGAUCGAUAAGAUAGAGAGCGCUCGUACGCUGGUGCUGUGUCUGCAACAGCUGUUUACACGUCUGAGGCGAGAGCAGGAGAGUGGAGGCGGAGCCCACCCAGGGGUGCAGACCUUCACCAGCAUCAAAGAGCUGGCCCGCCGCUUCGCCCUGACCUUUGGGGACCUCGUCAAGUUUCGAGAAUGUGUCGUCACGAUACACAGGAGUGGAAUAGAGUUUGUCUUCCAAGGGUUUAACCAAAUGCCAGAGACGCCCACACCGCUGUACCUGUCCUACCUGACCAUCCUCAGCGAGUUCUCCAGCAAACUGCUCAAACCAGAUAAGAAGACAGUGCUGUGUUACCUGCAGAAACACACCGCAGAGCACAUCGUCAACCUCAGGGAGGAGAGCUGGCAGCCGCUUGUCUACUAUCGUGCGUCCUUAUUGGCUGUCGCUGAAGGGGAGGAUGCAGCGUCCUACGUUAGCUCUGACAGGAAGCCCCACCCACCCAAUCGCUCACCCUUCUCCAGGCAAAAACUGGAAGGAAAUAAAUCUCCCUGCCCGUUCAGCCCGACUGAGUCCAAAAUGAGUAAAAUGCAAAGACCCAGUUUUAUCCCAAGCAACCAGACGACUGAGGUGGAUCCGUUUUCUGUCCCCGUGGAACCGCCUGCAAAAAGACUCCGCACUGACGGAUCCGUCCUCAGCACCAACAACGACGUGGACGACGACGACACUGUGGAGGUUGAACUGUAAGGACCUUCGUUUUCCUGUGAAUUGGACCUGAUUUAAAGAAAAAACAGCUUUAUCUUUUGCACCUUUUAUAACUCGUCUUCUCUGUCUGUGUAGUGUGAUUAUGUAAGACAUAGAUGGAGAAUGUAAUCUUGACGGUGAAGUCUGUUAAUUAUUGCUCACAAAUCACAUGAAAAGAACUAAACCGAUCAUUAGUGUAUUACGUUCUGCUUUAAACGUCUUCAGUGACAUCGACAGUUCUUUAUCAACAUUAGUUUUUAAUCACUGUCUGUUGUAAACGUGCCAAAUUGAUUCACACCUGAAAACAACAUAAGCUAUUUAAACUCUGGUAUGAACUGUCUCUAAAAGCGACAGUGCCAAGCUGAGUGGAAUUUUAAUAUUUUUCACAUAUUUUCAGGGGAAUAGGAUCAAAGAGAAAAAGGGAAAUCUAAAGUAUAAAUAUUGCGAGAAACACUGAACUGUUGGUUUUAGACGUUUCAUGGGAUUUGUUAACAGUAAGAAAAAUAAUGUCAUGCCUUUUACAACAAUAGUAGCGUUUUACUAAUGUUAAAUACAUUUAAUUCAGACCAUUUUUGAAAAGCAUCUGUAUUUCUGUCCGUGUACGCUUUCCUCUUUGUUUGCACUUUGAUCAAACCUUUACAAAGCUGUUAGAAGAAUAAGCUCCAGUUUCCUGCUUGAGAUUUUAUUAUGUACUUUAUAAGUUAAAAUGAGCUCAACAGUAAAUAUAUAUGUAAUAUAAAUGUCCCUUUUUUUAUAAUUGCCUUUAACCCUCACACCUUAUACAAAGGAGAGAAAAGUAUUUCAUUAUUUAUUAUUUUUAUAUCAUUUGGGUUGUUUUAACCCAACUCAAACUCCUCCAACUCAAAACACUAAAUUUAUUGUAUUUAAACUCAUUUUUUGGGCCUUUUCAGCACAAACCUACACAUCGUAUCAGGGUUUCAAUUCAUAGAACUGGAAUCUGAAUUGUAGAAAUUAUACUUUUGUAAUUAGAAGCAUGGAGCGUCACAUCACAAAUGACUUUAAAGGGUUAAAAUUGUGACGAUUGAUCAUGACUCAUAUUGAUGUAAACUCUGAAAGAGGAAAAUAAUAUUUAUACAUCAUGAUUUUAAAGUGGUUUUCGGGACCUAUAAGGUAAAAAACAUGGGUGCUUUCUUGACUUGAUGCUGUUUAAAAAAUAAAAAUGCAUCAUAAACAUU